AUGCCUGUAGAUGAAGCACCCGGUGACGAGGGUGACGGAGCGCCGCGCCAGUCCUAUAACUUUGCACCGGGAUAUCAUGGCGUUGUCUAUCGCGCCAACGUACCCGACUAUGGCGCCGGCCCCCGCCGCCAACAAGGCAACCACCAUGGUUCAGAGGCCAACGACACUGAAGCCACGGAGGGAAACAACACAAAGGUUCUGCCGGUUGAGCAGAGUCACGGCGCCUCAGAGGAGACUCACUACAAGCUGCAAUCGAUGAAAUGGGGUCUGAUCCCUUUCUGGACAAAGCGCAACCCGGAUUACGGCAGCAUGAUGAAGACAAUCAACUGUCGGGACGAUUCAUUGGCACAAGGUGGCGGCAUGUGGAAUACGAUGAAGGCCAGGAAGCGCUGCAUCGUGAUUGCGCAGGGCUUCUACGAGUGGCUGAAAAAAGACGGCAGCAAGGACAAGAUCCCUCAUUACGUCAAGCGCAAAGAUGGGCAUCUCAUGUGCUUUGCCGGCCUCUGGGACUGCGUGCAGUACGAAGGCGAAGGUGACGGCGACCAAGAUACCAAUAGAGAGAAGCAGCAAAAGCACUACACGUAUACCAUUAUCACAACGGACUCGAAUGCGCAGCUCCGCUUCCUGCACGACCGCAUGCCCGUCAUCCUCAACAAUGGCUCCGAGGCGCUGCGGACAUGGCUUGACCCGGCGCGCCACGAGUGGACCAAGGAGCUGCAGGCACUGCUCAAGCCGUUCGACGGGGAGCUCGAGGUGUACCCCGUCAGCAAGGACGUUGGCAAGGUCGGCAACAACUCGCCAACAUUCAUCGUGCCCCUGGACAGUAAAGAAAACAAGUCCAACAUUGCCAAUUUCUUCGCCAAGGGUGCCAGCGCCGCCACCAAGCAAAGCCCUGGGCAGAAGGAGAUACUCAAACCCGAGCAACCGGAAAUCGAGGUGAAGAAGGAAACUGGAUUUGUGGAAGAAGAUGCCAAGGAAGACUCCAAGGAAAAGAUUGCUCACAACGUAGGCGAGAGUCUGUCCAAGUUGAGCAGUGUAAAACGAGAGGCCGACGAUGGGCUGGAGGGCGCGCCGCCAAGGAAGGCGUUGAGAUCCAGCGGUCCGGUCAAGUCGCCGUCGCCGCAGAAGAAUCCGGGCAGGCCAAAGAUUAGUGCUACGAGCAAUGGUACAAAGUCGCCGCAGAGGAAGGCGACGAAACAGGCCGGGACGCAGAAAAUCACAAAGUUCUUUGGUAACAGCUCAUGA